UACAAAUGUAAGGAAUGUGGUAGAUCCUUUAACCAGCAGGCAUACCUUAGUCGACAUCACAGAAUUCAUACUGGAGAGAAGCCUUACAAAUGUCAAGAAUGUGGCAAGGCCUUUAAUGAGCGCUCAUACCUUGAUCAACAUCACAGAAUUCAUACUGGAGAAAAGCCUUACAUAUGUCAAGAAUGUGACAAGGCCUUUUCACAGAAGUCAUUGCUUAGUAAACAUCACCGAAUUCAUACUGGAGAGAAACCUUACAAAUGCAAGGAAUGUGGCAAGGCCUUUACACAGCGCUCAGUCCUUACUCGACAUCACAGAGUUCAUACUGGAGAGAAACCUUACAAAUGUCAAGAAUGUGACAAGGCCUUUAAGUGUCACUCAACCCUUAGUAAUCAUCUCAGAUUUCAUACUGGAGAGGAACCUUACAAAUGUAAAGAAUGUGGCAAGGCCUUUAACCAGCGUUCAGACCUUACCCGACAUCACAGAGUUCAUACUGGAGAGAGACCUUACAAAUGUCAAGUAUGUGGCAAGGCCUUUAAGUGUCACUCAAACCUUAGUAAUCAUCUCAGAAUUCAUACUGGAGAGAGACCUUACAAAUGUCAAGAAUGUGGCAAGGCCUUUCACCAGAGCUCAUCGCUUACUGUACAUCACAGAAAUCAUACUGGAGUAAAACCUUACAAAUGUAAGGAAUGUGGCAAGGCCUUUUCAUUGCACUCAAACCUUCUUAAGCAUCACAGAACUCAUACUGGAGAGAAACCUUACAAAUGCGAAGAAUGUGGCAAGGCCUUUUACCGGCGCUCACAUCUUAGCAAACAUCAUAGAAGUCAUACUGGGAAGAAAGUUUAAAAAUGUAAAGACUAGGAGUAAGGACUGUAAAACCCUUACAUCACAGGCCUUUCAUCCAAUGUAACUGGAGAAUAACUAUAUACAUCUAAAGAAGUCCACCCUCUCUCUCCCUGAAACUCACAACAUCAUAGUUACCAUAUGGGAGCAACAUGGUAAAAUGUGAUGAAUGUGGUGAAACCUUUAACUGGAAUUCAGUCUAUACUCCGUGUCCCAAUAUGCACACUAGGUUCAAACCCUAGAAACAUGAUUGUGGAAAGACCCUCAUUUUAAUAUACACGUUUGCAAACACAAAGUGCUAAAGAAGGUAAAUUGAAUCAUACAAAUAAUUAGAAAACUCUCUGAUUGGACAUCUAAUGUCAAUAAAUGUCACAGAUAUCACGUAAAA